AUGAUUAGUUACGACACCAAGUUAAGACUCAAAGAUUUAUUCGUAUGCUAUGCUGAAGAGGAACUUUCAAUAGAAAAAUUAAGACAAGUGCUCUCCUCAAUCAAAGAAUUUGAGCCAUAUGCAGCAUUUAAAAGAAUUGACAGAGAUGAUAAUGGCUAUAUAACCUCAAAGAAUGUUUCACAAUAUUUAAGAGAGAACGGCUAUAGAGAAAUAACUAAAGAUGAUGCAAUUUAUAUGGUUAGAUAUUUCGACUAAGACAACGACCAAAGACUCACUUAUCACGACUUUUUGCAAAUACUUCUACCCUGUGAUGAUGCAUUUUUGAGAGCAGCUGCAGCUUAAAGGCCAAAUUAUAAAUUGGGAAGGCAUGAGUAUUUACCAAUGAGAGUAGAAAAAGCUUUGACGAACUUGCUUGUUAAGGAGCUAAAACUACAAAUGAAAGCUGAAAAUCUGAAGAGAAAUCUUGAGUAAUCAUACGACUUCUCCGUCUAAGCUUUGUUUAAGGCUGUUGAUGACUGGAAUUACACUUAUAUUGAUGAGAAGAAUUUAAGGAGGUUCUUAAGAAAUGUGGGUUAUUUAGCAUCAAAAUAAGAACUAGUUGCAGUCAUCAGAAGGGUAGACACGGAUGGAGAUGCCAAAGUCAAUAUUGAAGAGUUUGGUGAAGGAGUCAGAUCAUAAUUUUCACUAAUUAGCCCUUACACUGCAAAAGUAAAGCAGCAAAACCCCAGUUCAUCAUUCGCCCUCUCUAAGUCCGCUUCCAAGAGUGAUAUUAGAAAUCAAUCAUCUGUCAAAAAGAAUAAUAAUAAAUCAUUCAUCAAUACUCCUAAUAAAUUGAUGAGUAAUUAGAAGUAAAAGACACCAAUAAAAAAGAGACCGUCAAGUGCUAACAAGGCUUCUAAUGCAUAAUAGCACAGAUUUAACGUGUUAAAUUAGAUUUAUGGUGGAAACGAAGAAAGCAUGUAGAGAAGAAGUAGCGCAUCAAAAUAUGAAGAUAGCACUCCAUCAAAAUUAAAUAAAUCAGUGACCUUCAAUAAUUAAGUAAGAGUAAGAGAAUUUGCAGAAAGUCAAAAUAAAGCUAACAACAACUUUGCUACUCCAAAUAAAAAUUUAUUCGAAAACUUUGAAAGAGCAAGAGAUAACAAGGACUAUACUCCCAGUCCUUAAAGAAACAUUAAUUAAACCACAAAUAACUAAGGACUGACAAGUGGAUUAAGACAUCUUGAACUUGAUUAAAGUCCCACAAGAUACUAGGCAUCAAAAUAUGAACUUAACAAUGGCAGUCCAUUAAGAAAAGCUUCACCAUCCAAAGAAAACAAUUAUCUGUUAUCGGCAUAGAGUAAUAGCCUAAUUUAAAAUGAUUACUUGAGAGUAUCAUAACUUCAAUCACCUGCUAUGCUAGAAACCAGAGUAUUUGAUUAAGUUGAGAAGGGUGAGGUAGCUAAGAUAUUUAAGGACUCUAUUUUCCUAGAGAGAGAACUUGAAUCUGCCAGAAUAGAAUUAUCACUCAAGCCAGACUUCAACUUGCUUGAUCUAUUUAGAAUCUUAGAUCCAAAUGCUAAGGGAUUCUUCUCAGCCCUUGAUUUGCAAGAAAAUUUGAUGAAAUAUCUUUAGAUUGAUUCAGUUUCACGAGAUGACUGUUUCUUAUUCUUCAGAAGAUAUGAUUUGAAUAAUAAUGGUAGAAUAACUUACGGAGAAUUUAGCUAUGCAGCAACUCCUCUAUCUAAGGAAUAUGCAUAAAUUCUAAAUGGAAGACCAGAUUUCUUCUCAAGGAAAGAGAAUUACAGCUAUCAGGAUUACUUCAACAUAGACACAAGACUAGAAAUUAGAAAUUUGUUUAGAUCAAUAUUCCAUACUGAAAGAGCUAAUGAAUGCUUGAGAGCAAGAAUAGCAAAAAGACCUCAUUUCUCCCUUGAGAGUGCUUUCUAAUAUAUGGAUAGAAAUAGAGACGGAGUUGUUACCUCUUCUGAAAUAAGAGAUAUGCUUGCUGAUCACGGAUUCUUCGCUACUGAGAAGGAAAUGAGCUUUAUAAUGAAUAAAUUUGACAAAGACAAAGAUGCAAAAGUAUCAUUUUCCGAAUUCGUUGAAGAAAUGUCUCCAAAGUUGACGUUGUGA